UAGAUGAAAUAGAAAAAACAUAUAAAGUGUUAGAUAUUUUAUUUGAUAUUUUUCGCCAUCUUCAAACAAUCAAACCUUCCUCCAACUUUCACACAAGAAUAGUUGUUGACUUUUAGGCGUUAGGCGUAUAACACUCUUGGAAGGUCACUGUCCUUUCACUCCCUUGACGAGUCCCUCUACUUUCUCUCUCCUUACCUCCAUUUCUAUAUCAUCCCUUCUUCUUCCUCUCACCAACCUCCCCGAAACCCCUCCCAAUUUUCUCUCUCCUCCUUCAUCAAUGGCGGCCUCGAUUACUCCGUCUCAAAUCGGCCUUGCUGGUCUAGCUGUUAUGGGUCAAAAUCUCGCCUUAAACAUUGCUGAGAAAGGCUUCCCUAUCUCCGUCUACAAUCGCACUGCUUCCAAAACCGACGAAACCCUAAAUCGCGCAAAAACUGAAGGCGAUCUUCCUCUUUUCGGCCAUUAUACUCCUCAAGAUUUCGUCCUUUCAAUUCAACGCCCUAGAUCUAUAAUCAUCCUUGUUAAAGCUGGUACUCCUGUUGAUCAAACUAUUCAAUCUCUCUCAUCUUUUAUGGAGCCUGGUGAUACGAUUAUCGAUGGCGGAAAUGAAUGGUACCAGAACACAGAACGACGAAUUUCGGAUGCGCAUGCAAAGAAUUUAUUAUACUUAGGUAUGGGAGUUUCUGGUGGCGAAGAUGGUGCUCGGUAUGGACCGUCAUUGAUGCCCGGAGGUGAUGUUGAAGCGUAUAAUAACGUGGAGCGAAUUUUAAAGAAAGUUGCGGCACAAGUUGACGAUGGACCCUGUGUUACUUACAUAGGUGAAGGUGGUUCAGGGAAUUUUGUGAAAAUGGUGCAUAAUGGGAUUGAGUAUGGUGAUAUGCAGUUGAUUUCAGAAGCGUAUGACGUGUUGAAGAAUGUUGGGGGAUUGAGUAAUGAGGAAUUAGGGAGGAUUUUUGAUGAGUGGAAUAGUAGUGAGCUUGAGAGUUUUUUGGUUGAGAUUACUGCGGAUAUUUUUAAGGUGAAAGAUGAACUUGCUGAUGGUGAAUUGGUUGAUAAGAUUUUGGAUAAGACUGGUAUGAAGGGUACUGGGAAAUGGACUGUUCAACAAGCUGCAGAACUUUCUGUUGCUGCUCCUACUAUUGCUGCUUCCUUGGAUUGCAGGUACUUAAGUGGGUUGAAGGAGGAGAGAGAAAGUGCGGCUAAGGUGUUAGAGGCUGCCGGGAUGAAGGAGGAGGUUAGUGCAGUUCGUGGUGGGGUUGACAAGAAGAGGUUGAUUGAUGAUGUGAGGCAAGCUUUGUAUGCUUCAAAGAUUUGUAGUUAUGCUCAAGGGAUGAAUUUGUUGAGAGCAAAGAGUACAGAGAAGGGUUGGGGUUUAAACUUAGGGGAGUUGGCUAGGAUUUGGAAAGGUGGGUGUAUCAUUAGGGCAGUUUUCUUGGACAGGAUUAAGCAGGCAUAUCAGAGGAACCCUAACUUAGCAAGUUUGGUUGUUGAUCCUGAGUUUGCUAAAGAGAUGGUACAGAGGCAAGCAGCAUGGAGAAGAGUAGUGGGUUUGGCAAUUUCUGCUGGGAUAAGCACACCUGGAAUGUGUGCCAGUCUUGCUUAUUUUGAUACCUAUAGGCGUGGCCGACUUCCAGCUAAUCUUGUUCAAGCUCAGAGAGACUACUUCGGCGCUCAUACCUAUGAGAGGGUUGAUCGCCCUGGUUCAUACCACACAGAGUGGUCGAAGCUUGCACGUAAGAGUAACCCUGGUGUUGCUGCUUCUCUUCACUGAGCUACACAUCUGUUUUGUACUGUUUUCUUAUCUUGUAUUUCUGUUCCAAUUGAAAAUGGGAUUUUGUGCCUCCAAUGAUGAUCCCUUUUGUAGGCAUAGGAAUUAUUGAAGUAUUUGUUUUUGCUCUUUAGAUUUGAUAGUUGGAACUUAAAUUAAUAAGAGCGUGUCUAUUGAAAUCAAUAUGAGCAAGCGUGUGUUUUCUUUUCUUCAAUUGAACACCUUAUUUAUA